GCCUCAGGGGACUCCUCUCCUGUACAUUGGAGCUAUGACCCUUUGGAGGUGACCCAGGAGAGAAGGGAUGCAUGCCCUCAGUCCUCCAGAUGAGGGCCCCCUGCAUGGACUCGUGGCCUCCCGCAUUAAGACUUACGGGGGCGGGCAUCGAGCCCGUGCCCAGAUCACUGCUGUCGGUCUCUAUCCCCAAGGAGUCCCCGUGCUGGAUCCCAGUCGCCGAUACCGCCAGCACUAUGUCCCCUUUGCCAAGGGUUCUGGCCAGGCCCGAGGCCUGUCUCCCAUGAGGUUGCGAGAACCAGAACCCGAGAAGAGGCAUGGAGGCCAUUUUGGGGUUGGCCCACCUCACUCCCCCAAACUCAAGGACGUCACCAAGGCCCACGAGCUGGAGGUGAGGCUGCACACGUUCAGCAUGUUUGGGAUGCCCCGCCUGCCCCCUGAGGACCGGCGGCGCUGGGAAAUAGGAGAGGGCGGUGACAGCGGCCUGGCUAUCGAGAAGUCCUGGAGGGAGCUGGUGCCUGGGCACAAGGAGAUGAGCCGGGAGCUUUGCCACCAGCAGGAAGCACUGUGGGAGCUGCUGACCACCGAGCUGAUCUUCGUGAGAAAGCUCAAGAUCAUGACCGAUCUCCUAGCUGCUGGCUUGCUGAACCUGCAGCGAGUGGGACUGCUGAUGGACGUGUCAGCUGAGACCCUGUUUGGAAAUGUCCCCAGCCUGAUCCGAGCCCAUCGGAGCUUUUGGGAGGAGGUGCUGGGGCCCGCCCUGGAGGAGACGCGUGCCUCAGGCCAGCCUCUGGACCCCCUCAGCCUGCAAAGCGGCUUCCUUACGUUUGGUCAGCGGUUCCAGCCCUACGUCCAGUACUGCCUGCGAGUGAAGCAGACGAUGGCUUACGCCCGGGAGCAGCAAGACAGUAACCCUCUCUUCCACGCCUUCGUGCAGUGGUGUGAGAAGCACAAGAGCUCGGGGAGGCAGAUGCUCGGGGACUUGCUCAUCAAGCCCCACCAGCGCGUCACCAAGUACCCACUGCUGCUCCAGGCCGUGCUCAAGAGGAGCCCAGGGACACAAGCCCAAGAGGCCCUGAAUGCCAUGAUUGCAGCUGUGGAGUCGUUCCUGCGACACAUCAACGGGCAGGUCCGCCAGGGCGAGGAGCAGGAGAGCUUGGUGGCUGCGGCCCAGCGCAUCGGGCCCUACGAGGUGCUGGAGCCGCCAAGUGAGGAGGUGGAGAAGAACCUGCGUCCAUUCUCCACCCUGGACCUGACGUCCCCCAUGCUGGGGGUUGCCCCUGAGCACACCAGACAGCUGCUGCUGGAGGGACCCGUGCGAGUGAAGGAGGGCCGGGAAGGGAAGCUGGACGUGUACCUGUUCCUCUUCUCUGACAUGCUGCUGGUGACUAAGCCCCAGCGCAAGGCAGACAAGGCCAAGGUCAUCCGGCCCCCUCUGAUGCUGGAGAAGCUUGUAUUCCGACCCCUGCGUGACCCUCACAGCUUCCUGGUGAUCCACCUCACUGAAUUCCAGUGCGUGUCUAGUGCCCUCAUCGUGCACUGUCCCAGCUCUACAGACCGUGCCCGGUGGCUGGAUAAGACCCAGCAGGCCCAGGUCACCCUACAGAAGCUGAAAGCAGAGGAGUACGUCCAACAGAAGAGGGAGCUCCUGGCCCUCUUUCGGGACCAGGACAGGGAGUGCCCCAGCACCCGGCCCUCCACGCCUUCCCCGGAGGGCUCUCAGAGCAGCGCAGAGGGCAGGACUUCUGUGUUUUCGGCUAUCAUCCCCCACCUGGUGGUGACGGAAGACACAGAUGAAGACGCUCCCUCUGUACCAGAUGACACCUCAGACUCUGGCUACGGCACUCUGAUCCCAGGCUCCCCCAAGGGGUCGCCCUCCCCACUGAGUCGUCUACGCCAGAGGGCCCUUCGGCGGGACCCUCGCCUCACCUUCUCCACCCUGGACCUCCGAGAUGUUCCUUUGCGCCCCCAACCUCCGGACCCCCAAGCUCCUCAACGCCGAAGUGUGCCCGAACUGCCCGAAGGGAUCCGAAGAGGGGGGAGUCUUUCCAGGGUAGACCCACCGGCCUGGUCCGAGGAAGAAGAUGGGGCCUCGGUGGGAGGGAACGUGGUGGUGGAAACCCUGCACCGGGCCCGACUUCGGGGGCAGCUCCCCCACUCUCCAGCCCACACUGACUCUGCCGGGGAAAGCCCCUGGGAGUCCUCAGGGGACGAGGAAAAUGAGGGGCCUCUCUUCCUGGGACAAGGCCGCACCCCCUCCCCACACCCGCUGCGGGCCCAGGAGGUGGACAUGCUCAGAGAGGACAUGCUCAGAGAGAUCCGCGAGGAGCUGGCCACCCAAAGGAUCCAGGGGGCCCCAGAGCCCAGGGACAGCAGGCCUCGGAAGCUGACCUGGGCCCAGCUGCAGAGGAUGCGGGGGCCCGACGUCGUACAGCUGGACACUCCCCUCUCCACGUCAGAGGUGUGAGGAACGCUGAGGACCUCCGGCUUUUCUCCCGGAGGAAAUCGCCCCCUAGGAGUGCUGGUCACCACCCCCACCCCAGACUCUACCUCAAAGACCACAUUUCCCACCAAGAAGCCUGGCCCAGGCACCCUGCCUCCUGCCCCAGACUUCGGGGAUCAAGAACUGUAAAUUUAUGUAAAUUUAUGUACCAUAGACACC